AGAUUAAACAAAAUAAUAAUGAAAGAUUCCUCCCGACUCACUCCUCUCCAUUCAACACUCUGCCUUCCUCACUACCACGGCGGCACCACACACACGCACACUGCUCCGCCGCCGUCGCCCCACUCACUUAUCCAUAAUUCCUUCUUUCUGCCAUUAAAGUAGACAAUUUCCGAGGAAUAAUUCAUUCCAAAGUAAAAUCAUCCAUGGCUUCGUCGUCCUACACAAUUGUUUUCAUCCUUCUUCUCCACAUUUUCCAACGCAAAGGAGGAGUUGUUAAAGGUGCAACAUUUACAUUUGUAAACAAAUGCUCUGUCACAAUUUGGCCGGCGAUUCUCGGCAGCCCCAAACUCGAAACCACUGGAUUCCACCUCUCUAAGGACACCUCACGCGCCGUCCAGGCCCCCACCGGCUGGUCCGGCCGCUUCUGGGCCAGAACCGGCUGUACCUUCGACGACUCCGGCCGCGGCUCCUGCUCCACCGGGGACUGCGGCUCCGGCGAAAUGGAGUGCAACGGCGCCGGCGCCACCGCCGCCACUCUCGCCGAGUUCACACUCGGCUCGGAGUCGGGCUCCAUGGACUUCUAUGACGUCAGCCUCGUCGACGGCUACAAUCUGCCCGUGCUCGUCGAAGCCGCCGGCGGGUCGGGCCAGUGCGCGUCCACCGGCUGCGCGGAGGACCUGAACCAGAGUUGCCCGCCGGAGCUGAUGGCCGAGGGCGGCGGCGCGUGCCGGAGCGCGUGCGGGGCGUUCGGCACGCCGGAGUACUGCUGUAAGGGCGAGUACGGGUCGCCGGCGACGUGCAGGCCGUCGGAGUACUCGGAGAUGUUCAAGAGCGCGUGCCCCAAAUCGUACAGCUACGCGUACGAUGACGUCACCAGCACCUUCACUUGCACCGCGGCGGACUACGUCAUCACCUUCUGCCCACCGCUCCCAAGCGAAAAAUCAUCGAAAUCAGAUAACGGUAUGUCAGAUGGGUCAGGAUCUGAAUCCGGGUCGGGAUCUGGGUCGGUUGAGGAUGCUAUGUUGGCUGAUGGGUCAUGGUUGGCAGAAUUGGCAAUUGGGGGGGAAUCUGCUACCACGCACCCUUUUGGUGCAACUGCCCAAGCAUUGGUGGCGUUGUUCACUGUGUUGUACAUAUUACUGCAGCAGUAGUACAUUUGUAAUUUUGGUCAAAAAUCACAAUAUUAGUUUCUUUUUUUUUUUUAUCAGAAAAUCACAUUAUUAAUGUUAAAUUGAAAUUUGAUUAUAUAAUAAUAUCGA